CGUUUCUCCGAGCGGUCCAUGCACAUCGUCGCGCCCAUCUCGCUCGCCAUGGCCGGGUUCAUCAUCGCGACGGCCAGCAUGGCCCUCGCCGCGCGAUAUUUGAGUCUGUUUCUCAUGCUCGGAGGUGUCUAUGGCAGCUACAAUGUCGCCCUGGCCUGGAUAUCUUCCACCUUGCCGCGGCCCGUGGAGAAGCGCAGCGCCGCCAUCGCUCUCAUCAACACCUUCGGGAACAUCGCCCAGAUCUACAGUCCUUACAUGUACUUGCAGGAGAUGGGUCCUCGGUACCUGGCCGCCAUGGUCGCGAACGCUUGCUUCUGCAUCGCGUGUUUCUUGGCAACUUUGGUUUUACGAUGGGCGCUGGUCAAGGAGAACGCGAAGCUGGAGAAUGCCGCAGCCGACAUCGCCCUCGGUGCCAAUGAUAAAACUGAAAAUGUCGAACGUGACGGAGAGUACGAGCUGGGCUUCGCCGCCACGGAGCAACGCUUCAGAUAUGUCUUGUAGAAAGCUAGUAAAUGAAGAAUUGGAUAGAAGGGGGCCAGACACGUAUGUCAAUCCGGCCGGCUUCUUGCCUCGUUUUACUGGUGACGUUCUCGCAGCUGUCAACGAGAAUGUUCUCGAGGACCGGCCUGCCCGAACGUGAAGAGAUAAUUCUCAUUGAUUGCCUGAUUCUAGGUCUGGCCACGAGAUGGUUCGUAUCCUUGAGAUGGUUUGAUGUAUGCAGGAUGCUGGUG